GCUGCCAUGGCCAUGGUCAUCGGCCUGCGUUGGCCUGCGUAGCGGACUGAUUUUACUGUUUAUUAUGUUGCUCGUCUGAGCCCGCGGCCCCGAGUCGCUCGAGUUGUCUGUUUUUAAUUAUCGAGGCUGUGGUAGUGUGAUGUAAUCACGCGUUUGGAUGAUGCAUCUGUUAUAAAAGUGUGUAUUUAUAACGAGAAACAACACCUUUACAAAGCACCAAAUUAUUGUUCUCUAGCUAGGCCUAAUACUCUGCAUUUGAUCAGGCUGGACGGAGUGCGCAAGAGGAUGUGGCACGAAGCGCGGAAGCAGGAGCGGAAGAUACGCGGCAUGAUGGUGGACUUCAAGAAGAGAGCUGAGCGAAGAAGAGAGUUUUAUGAGCGAAUAAAGCAAGAUCCUGCCCAAUUCUUGCAAGUUCAUGGCAGGCAGUGCAAGAUCCACCUCGAUCCAGCCAUUGCCCAGGCUGCCGACAGUCCGGCAACAAUGAUGCCGUGGCAGGGUCACCGUGAAAUCAUGAUUGAUCGGUUUGACGUGCGUGCUCACUUGGACAUAAUUCCUGACUGUAAGGCACAAGCGGAGCCAACUGUGAUGACCGAGGAGCAACGGGAGGAGGAGAGACAGACCAACUACGAACGCUAUCGUACCCUGGUUCAGAACGAUUUCCUUGGAGUGUCGGAAGAUAAAUUCUUGCACCAGAUUUAUCUCGAAGAACGGUUUGGACCGAUUGGCAAGCCCAUCGGCACCACGGAAGAAGAGAAGAAAAAGUUGGCAGAAAAGAAGGCUGCAAUUGGCUAUGUGUAUGAGGACAGCACUCCAGUGCCCUCUACAUCAACCAAUCAGGAAGAAGAGGAGGAAGAAGAAGACCUCAGCGACAUUGACUUAGAUAUCACGAUAAAUGUGAAUGACCUCACAAACGAGCAAGCUAAGGAAAUGAACACUUACUCACACGUUUAUGGAAUGGAAACAACAGACUUUAUAAGUUACCUCUACAAGGACAAGGAAGAGCAGGAGCAGCUGAAAUUGGCUCGUGAAUUGGAAGAAGAGAAGGCUAUGUAUUCAGGACGGAAGUCACGGCGUGAGAGGCGUGCCCUUCGUGAAAAGAAGCUCCGUGGCAGGAGAGUCACCAGCCCCCCAAGUUACGCAGCGAGGGAGAGUCCAACCUACAAGCCAUUUCGCGAGUCUCACUCCAGCUCAAGGUCACGGUCAAAUUCCCCACAAAAUGCGGGGGAGAUAAAGUUCAUCACGAGUUUCGGAGCGUCGGACGAUGAAGAUGCUGCGGGCGCAAAGAAGAACAACAGCGGCUCGUCUGCUGCUGCAUCAAAGACGUCUUCGACUUCCAAGAAUGCAAACUCAACACGGCCUCCUUCGAGUGGUAGCAGCAGGAAUCCUCAGAAAGAGUCCUCAAGUCGAUCAUCGGGUCGGUCCAGGGGACACAAAAGGAGUACGUCGAGGUCCAGGUCAAAGUCAAGGUCACGAUCGAGGUCGUCUGACAGGCGCCACAGACGAAACAGGAGUGGCUCUCGCAGACGAUACGGAUCUUACCGCCAUUCAAGGUCUCCACGGUCCCGUUCUAGGCAACGUUACCGAUCAACAUCACGCUCACGAUCGCGAUCACGGCGACGCUUCUCUGCCAGAUCACCCCCGAGUCGGCGAAGCCCACACGACUCCCGCAGGCAUUCGCGAUCGCCACGAAGCCCCUCGCCUCGCCAUCGCAAGCCUCCGAGCCCACCUCGCAAGUCCUACUACCGGCACAGUUUGUCCCGCUCGAAGAGUCCCAGCUCGGGUAGCAGUUCCAGUGACUCGGAGAAGACCAACCGCACAAGUACAGGCGCGGUGGUCCGCCGAACGUGGCCAUCUGCCGACACCCAAAGAACCAAUGCUACACUGGGUAAACCCGGUCCCUCCGCCAAAGGUACAUCAGGCGGCGGAAUGUCGCUGCGUGAGAAGCUGAAGCGGAGAAUGCAGGCCGCCCUCAACAAGCAGUAUAAGGCAGACAAGAAGGCUGAACGAGAAAAGCAAGAUAAAGUUCAACAAGAACGCUGGGAUCGCGCAGAGGAGUUGAGGGAAAUGGCACUGAGGCUUCGGCAGAGGUAUGUAGAGUCGCCGACCGAGAGAGAGAUGGGUUUGCAGCACCAGCUCUGCUCCCCAAAUGGGGGAUACUCCAACUCAGGGUUGGACCGCGAACGCAGGCACAAAGAGUGGGAGGACUAUGAUCCCGAAAACGGAAGCCGAUGGUCCAGCCGGUCUCGUAGCCGGUCAGGAAGCCGGUCUUCGCGCAGCAGUCCAGAGCCGAACCCACCUGGUGAGUCUCCUCCUAGGAGGGCUUCGAAAAGGAGCCGAUCAAGGUCGCCAACCCCAGAUGACCGCAGACACCAUGACAUGGACUGGGAAUCCCGAGGCUUAGUAGAUUAUUGAGGACCUUGCAUAAGUAUGGAACUGGUGUUCGAGCUGGUGUGGCAUGCUGGUUUAAUACGUAACUUGUGCUUACGUGACCAAAAUGUUCUGGAGGUGCCAUUCUGCUGAGCUUGGCUGAAGUGCGCUGGGUGUACUGUCGUUACAGUAACGGAACAUAUCUGUGGAACAUACGGCAGCACACUGAGGUCUCUGUAUGGAACAAGAAAGUGUCUGUCGCGUGUCCGUGAUGAAAGUCUGGGAGCUUUGUGCACGCAUCCCCGUCUGAGUUUGUGCGGGUGACUGCAGGUAGCAGCAGGUGUUUCAAGAGCAGUGUUUACAAGGCUGGUGCUACAUCAUUAUGUUGUAGGUGAUUUUGGUCUAGUAAAGUACGAGAUUGCUUGCA